AUUACAGUUCCCUGUUUCACGCCAACAUUUUUUGUAUUAUUUUCAUGACGCACUGUCAAAAAUGUGAAUAGAAUAUAAAUAACAUUUCCUUUUCGUUUUAAAGGUGUACUAAUUUCCUCACGAUUGUGAUACGCCAGGUUGCCUCCAAAAUGCCGUUCCGACUGAAAUUGAAGAAGUCGAGGCACUACAGUGUGGCGUCAAAGUCACUUUUUGUGAUAUCAGUCGAAAUGCUAGAUGCGACAAAUGUGGAAUGUACCCUAUCGUCUGAAAGUACAGGCCAGGAUUGUUUGGAUGUUGUGUGCCAGAAAUUGGGGCUCAACCAACCAAAGUUUUUCGGGCUUCAGUACAUGAGUCGCAACUCGGAAAAUACGUUUUAUUGGGUGGAGCUAGAUAGACCCAUCAAAAGGCAGCUUGAUAAGUAUGCUGGGAAUUUGUACGUGUAUCUCAGAGUCAUGUAUUAUAUAAUUUCGGGAGUGCGGCUCUUGAAUGAUGAAGUUACAAGGUAUCAUUAUUUCCUCCAACUGAAAAUGGACGUUAUUGAGGGGCGCAUUUCGUGUACCCCUCAACAAGCUGUAGAAUUGGCCAGUUAUUCGAUGCAGGCGGAGUUUGGUAAUUUCGAUUCAGAACGACACACUGCACUUUAUUUGAAAGACUUCCAAUUGUUCCCCAAGAGUUUUACAGACCCUGGCCUUUUGGAGUCUCUUACAGAUGCAGCUAUAAGACAACACGCCGCCCUUCAUAACCUCCCGCAAGGGACGGCUGAAGAAUAUUACAUUUGUGCCUGUCAGCAGCUAGAGGGUUACGGGCAAGAAAUUUACGCAGUUAAGGAUCGUUUAGGGGAUGAUGCCAUAAUCAGUGUAUCCCUGACUGAGGUUUCUGUGGGGUAUGCUGGGGAACGGGAAGGGAGACGCUACGGUUGGACUGAUAUUAAAAACGUAAUAAACCAAAAACGUGACUUUACGAUUGAGACCACCGAUUGCGAGAAGGUCGAAUUUCAGUUUGCCGAUGUGGAAAGUGCGAAAAAUGCGUGGCGUUUUUGCGUUUUGCAACAUACUUUUUAUAGGCAGUAUGAAAUGAAUACUGAUCAGAAUGAUAAAGGGCCGGCCGUACCGCCAGUUUUCCAUCAAGCGCUGAUUGAGGACAAGCUGCGUCAGAUGGAUAGUUACGAAGACAUAACCGACCCGUCUCACCACUGGGACCGUUCCGUUUCGACGCAGAGUCUCAAACAGCGCGCCCAAUCGACCUCAUGUCUCGACCUCAACAAACCCACAAACAUCGAUCACUUACGAAGCCUCCUGCCAUCCUACCGUCCAGCCCCCGAUUACGAAACCGCUAUACAAAACAAGUACAGAAAUUCGUCCGGUGCCAUACCACCCCCUCGUGAACCCCUCCGUCAAACCCACUCGAUCUUAUACAGCUCGCAGCCGGAAAUCCACCAAACGGAAACCUACUCAUCCCAUUUGCGCUACCCGGACGUCACACAUAACAACAUCGAAUCGAAAAAUAUGUUGUACAACGCCGGUUUUACCCAAUCACAGAUCCUCCCAAACGAGAAUAAUUUUACGGAAAAUGUGGGGUUGUUACAUUUGUAUAAACCGCCACCGCCGUACCCCAGCAACAGGAUUAGCUCGAAUUCGACCCCAGAUUUAGCAGGGAUGUCGUUUCAAGCGAAGCCUACUGCUCAUUUCAUCAAUACUGUGGUUAGCGGUUCGAGUCCAGACUUGGUUUCUGGUGGAAAUCUCUACUUGAAGCACUACAGCCAAGCGUUGUAUCCCGUCCAUAGGUCACACAGUUAUUUGCCGCCACAGCAUGGCACUUACGAAAAUCUGUCAUCGAUUUUUAAUAAUAAUAUGUUAGGGCGCCCCCAAGCCGUCAUAGUCGAAAACCCGAACAUAACGAAACAUAUCAAGAAAGUGUACGACGAGCACGGGAAUAUAAUCUAUUGCAUGCCGGCCAACAUGAAACAAAUCCUGCAAGAAAACCGUCUACCAACAUCUGGGUUUGUGGUGACUCGCAACCAAAACACCAUGGUCGCCCAUGACCCCACCGAGCCCAUCUACGAGAAUAUACCAUUACCAUGGCUAAACGAGUCCGGUGAAAUGCGAGGGCGGACCCAAAGUAUACACUCGGCCCCGGAAAUCGUCAACCAUACUGUAGUCAACGCUCUACAGUCGCAAUUCCAACAAGUGAACAUUGGAAGCAAAGAGACUCUCUACGCCAACAUUCACCGGAAUAAUUCGAGUGUUAAGUCGUCCAAGACCGAUUUAAAUGCGGAUAAUGUGGGGGAGUUGAGCGAUUCCCCCGUUACCACAAGCUCAAAUAACACGUUUAUUGUCAAUAAGAAUCCGAUGAAUUCGACGACGAGCAGUGCAGGUUUGUUUAGUGACAGUGGGACGAACGAGUCGUUCGGCACGAGUUCGACAUCGAAUAGCUCAGGAAAGAAGAAGAAAAGGUGGGGCAUUUUGAUUGGGAGGAGUAAGUCGAGUGAAAAGGUGAAAAGUGCCACGUUGGGGAGGGAGAAGGAGAAGAAGGAGAAGAACUUGGGGGGGAACAAGCAUCGGUGGUCGACGGGAUUGCCGAGGUUUAAUCCCCUGCCACCGUCCAUCAGCAAGGAGACGAUGUGCCAGCUGCUCGAGAACAAAUUGGCCGACAGUCAGCUGUUUUUCGAGUUCGAUAAAAUCCCGAAAAAGAAGCAAAACGCGGAUUUCACGACGGCCUGUCACCGCGAAAACGCCCAAUUCAACCGCUUCAAAGACGUCCUUCCAUACGAAGACAACAGAUUACGCCUCACACCAAGCAAGAACAACAAAUUUGGUUACAUAAACGCCUCUCACAUCACGGCGACAGUCGGCAGCAAACAGAGGUUUUAUAUCGCCGCUCAAGGGCCGAAUCGUGUUAUUUUACCGUAUUUUUGGCAAUGCGUGUGGGAAGCGGAGGUUUAUCUCAUUGUCCAGUUGACGGACAGUACCGAAGACUUGCAUUACAUGCCAGACGAUGGCGAGAGAUGUAUUGAUAUUGGACAAGAGUUUCAGGUUUGGUGGCAGUUUUCGCAAAAUUCGGGCAAUUGUGUUACGAGUAAAGUGCGCUUAUGCCACGUGACGUCUCGGAGAUACCGCACUUUGUGGCACAUGCACUACACGGACUGGGGGGAUCAGGGGUGUCCCCAUUCGGUGCCCCAUUUUUUGGGCUUCCUUGAGGAAAUGCAGUCGGUGCAUCAGCACUCAAUGGGUGAAAUACCACCCGGGCAUAAUAAAAAUCCCCCAAUUUUGGUGCACUGCACGGCUGGGGUGGGCAGGACCGGACUGACGAUUUUAAGUGAUCUUUUGUUGUACACAGUUGACCAUAAUCAAGAGGUUUGUGUGCCGAGAGUCGUGGAAUUGUUGCGGCAUCAAAGAGCGUACAUGAUACAAACGAUUGCCCAAUAUAGAUUUGUUUAUUCGCUGUUAAUACAUUAUUUGAAACAGACGCGUCUUAUUUAGCACUUUGUGGUUUGCUGUGUUCAUUGUUUGUAGUGAUUAAGUUGCAAUUUUUGUCCAAAAAAAGCUAAUCAUGUAAUCUUGAUUUUUGGUAGAAUUCGUGUUUUAAACUCAAAUAGUAUUUAUUAAAGUCUGAUUAUUUGUAAUGUUUACCACUUUAGAUUUUUUUAUUUAUGUAAUUCGAUCAUUUUUUAAAAUACGUAUUGUAUAAUCUCAUCUGCUUCUCUCCAAUUAUCAAAUUAUAAUAAUGGCUGUGUAUAUAAUUAAAUAUUUUAACUUUUUGCGAGCAAUAAACAUAUUUAUUGUGAUUGUCAACAGUGCCUUAACCUAAGUAUGUAAAUUUUGUUAUGUAUAUACAAUUUUAAAAUAAAAUAAUUAAUAAAAACUAA